AGAGUGAUGAAAAUUGAACAAGUGUUGAAUAGAGAGAGAGAGAGAGAGAGAGAGAGAGAGAGAGAGAGAGAGAGAGAGAGAGAGAGAGAGAGAGAGAGAGAGAGAGAGAGAGAGAGAGAGAGAGAGAGAGAGAGAGAGAGAGAGAGAGAGAGAGAGAGAGAGAGAGAGAGAGAGAGAGAACAAGGGUAUAUACCUAAGAGUGUUGUACCCUCUAAGAGAUGACCCUAUACAGUUUAUACAAAUACGAG